GGACCAGUGUUCGCCGACAGCCAAUGAGCGCUCUCGAUCUCUAAUUCUUCUCCAAAAUGGUACACAGACACGUGUAUCCCUGCGUGUAAACUGUACUCUGUGGGGAUGAGAAAUGUCCGUCCUACAAUAGAACAGAUCCGCAGGACACACGACAGCGAGAAGUCGACGUUACCUUGCUCCGUUUACUUUCUACGAGACUUGCAGAUUCACCCACAUUUUGGGGGUCGUCAGUGAUUGUGAAGACGUCUUUACACAUUCCUAAGGUGGCAUUUAGCACACAGAGACACCUUUUCGAAGAGAUAAGAAGGCAAAGCAAGUGAAGACUGUUUUUCUUCUUCUGCUGGAGCCAUUUCUCUCAGCUUGACAAUCUCUCAGUCCAUCUGUUGGAGUUUUUAUGCCAAGCACAUUUCCGAAGCAGAAAUUCAGUCCCUGUCUGGACACUCUGCAAUACCUUGGCUGUUUUGUUUCUCCAAAGAUAAUUCAACUUAUUUUCUUCUGAAAGGCCAAUCUGGUCUGCACAGUUCCUUUUUUUUUUUGUGUGGCUAAUUUUGAAAAGCAACACCUCUCUGACAAACCUCAGGAGGGUAGGACCCAGGAACUGAAAAUUCAGAUUUUUGACGUUUUUUUCUCUUGUCGAAGAAACCAUGGCUUUCUCUCCUUAGUUCCUCUUUAAACUCUCAACGACCACUAUGAUUCACUUGUAUGUGCAUAGUAGUCCCACUUAAAAUUGGAAGAAACGUUUGUUUUUGAUUUUAAUUCGUCUCAGCUGACGUCUCAAUCCAGCUGCACCAGUGGCGUCCUACUCUAGUAUGAGUUAUGACAACUCUAAAUCUGCCCCCAGCAGCAACACUCGGGGGCGGGCAGUGAGGGCUGGCGAGAAAGAGGAGGACCGGGAAGUGGGGUCAGAUUGUUUGGACUCCCCCGGCAGCAACAGUAGCCGGCCCAGCGGCAGCGUCUGCAAUGGCAAACGAGGAGGCGGAGGAGUGGUUGUUGGAGGCGGCGCAGGGAGUGCGUCUCCCAGCGGCGGGUCUGGAUCCGUUGGCUCAUCUGGAGAGCCACGGGGACCCAAUUCCGACGACACCGAUGGCCUCUCCAGCGGGAACGACUCCGGAGAGAGAGAGAGCGAGGGCGGGAACGGGUCCCGCGGGCGCCAGUCCACACGCAGCUCCCACAGCUCCUCCAAUGGGAAGGACUCUGGCAUGAUGAUGGAAACCACAGAGAGCAACAAGAGCUCCAACUCCCAGAGUCUCUCCCCCCCCAGCAGCUCACUAGCCUACAGCCUGCUGUCGACGAGCACAGAGCAGGACCACCCGUCCACCUCUGGGUGCAGCAGCGACCAGUCGGCACGGGUCAAGACCCAAAAGGAGCUGAUGAAGGCCCUGAGGGAGCUCAAGAUCCGUCUGCCAGCCGAGCGCAAGGGCAAGGGCCACUCCAGCACCUUAGAUGCCCUGAAAUACGCCCUUAACUGUGUCAAACAAGUCAGAGCCAACCAGGAGUACUACCACCAGUGGAGUGUGGAGGAGUGUCACGGCUGCAGCCUGGACCUGUCCACCUUCACCAUCGAGGAGCUGGACAACAUUACAUCUGAAUACACCCUCAAAAACACUGACACUUUUUCCAUGGCAGUGUCAUUCUUGUCAGGGAAGGUGGUGUACAUAUCCCCCCAGGGCUCGUCUCUGCUGCGCUGUAAGCCCGAGCGUCUCCAGGGAACCAUCUUCUCUGAGCUCCUGGCUCCCCAAGACGUCAGCACCUUUUACAGCAGCACGGCGCCCUGUCGCCUCCCUCCCUGGGCCACCUGCAAUGGCUCUGUCUCCCCUUCAUUAGACUGCACCCAGGAGAAAUCCAUGUUCUGCCGGAUCAGCGCUGACCGGGCGCAGGGCGGUGAGAUGCGCUACUACCCCUUUCGCCUCACACCCUACCAGCUCACCAUCAGAGACUCGGAUGACGCGGAGCCACAGCCCUGCUGCCUGCUCAUAGCGGAGAAAGUCCACUCUGGAUAUGAAGCUCCUCGCAUUCCUCCAGACAAGAGGAUCUUCACCACCAGCCACACUCCCAGCUGUCUCUUCCAAGAGGUUGACGAGAGGGCGGUGCCGUUGUUGGGCUACCUGCCCCAGGACCUGGUAGGAACCCCUGUGCUGCUCUACAUCCACCCAGAAGACAGACCCAUAAUGGUGGCCAUCCAUAAGAAGAUCCUUCAGUUUGCAGGCCAGCCGUUUGACCACUCGCCUCUGAGGAUGUGUGCGCGCAACGGGGAAUACCUGACAAUUGACACCAGCUGGUCCUCCUUCGUCAACCCCUGGAGCCGGAAAGUGGCAUUCAUCGUAGGGCGCCACAAAGUCCGAACAAGCCCUCUGAAUGAGGAUGUGUUCACCAUGCCACGGGCUUGCGAGAGCCGGUCCACCACGCCGGACAUCGUUCAGCUGAGUGAGCAGAUCCACCGACUCCUGGUGCAGCCGGUGCACAGCAGCAGCUCACAGGGCUACAGCUCGCUGGGCUCCAGCAGCUCGCGGGGCUCCCGGCGCUCGCACCAGCAGCACCCCAGCGCCUCCGCCUCCUCCAGCGACAACAGCCCCGCCUUGGAGGACGCCAACGCGGCAAUCACCCUGCAUAAGCCCAUGACAUUCCAGCAGAUUUGUAAGGAUGUCCACAUGGUCAAGACUAAUGGACAGCAGGUUUUCAUUGAGUCCCGCAACCGACCACCACCCAGAAAACACGCCAACCCAGGUGCAGUGAGCAGCCUCAGAGCCAUCAACAGUGACCCAAUAAGAGGUCUGAUAGCAGAUGUGACUAGACCCCCCAAACCCCUGGUCCCCACCCCGCUUGUAAGGAAGGAGCCCCCCACUGGCUACUCCUACCAGCAGAUAAACUGCCUGGACAGCAUUAUAAGGUAUUUGGAGAGCUGUAACGUUCCUAAUACGGUCAAGAGGAAGUGCGGCUCCUCGUCCACCUCCGAUGACGACAAACAGCAGGAGGCCAGUGGAAAAACCAAAGGCGCAUCAGUAAGCCUGGUGGGGGAGCCAUCGCCUCUUCCGCCUCUGGCCAUGGCCAGCAAGGCAGAGAGUGUUGCGUCAGUCACCUCCCAGUGCAGCUUCAGCAGCACCAUCGUCCACGUGGGAGACAAAAAGCCCCCUGAGUCAGACAUCGUCAUGGAAGAAGCUCCACCCACACCCACCCUGCCUGCCACUACCCUGACCCCUCCUACCAUCAUUCCAACCCCUCCCACCGCCACUCUGGCUCCUCCCCCCACCACCACACAGACCGCCUCCGCCAGCACAUCCAUCACCCCGCCUCCCCCUCCUCCUCCUCUCCCGCCAUCGACCGCCACCCAGCCGGAGCGGGACGGACGGAGAAGUGGAGCAGCAGGAAGCGCCGGCCGUCUAGGCCUGACCAAGGAGGUGCUGUCUGCUCACACCCAGCAGGAGGAGCAGGCCUUCCUUGACCGCUUCAAGGAUCUCAGCAAGCUGAGCGUGUUCGACCCUACAGCCUCCUCGACUGUCCGCUGCCACACCACAGCUACCAACCCUCUUUCCAGAGGAGUGCGGUGUUCUCGUGACUAUCCAGCUGCAGGGGGCAGUACAGAUCACAGGCGCGGCCGUGGGGGCAAGAGACUCAAACAUCAAGAGACACCUGACCAGCACAGCUCCCUGGGUGUCAAUGGGGGCCCCACAACCAGCACGGCCCCCCUGCCCCUUGGCAUGCCCAUGGGGCCCCCAGCCACUACCUCUUCCUGGCCUGCGUCUGUAGCCUCUCAGACCAGCAUGCCCUCAGUCCCCUUCACCCCUGGUGUGCUUCCAAUAUACCCAAUUUACCCUCCUCUUUCUCAGCCGAUACCUGUGCCAGACCCCUCACGCUACCCCCCAGCCCCAAUGGUACCUCCCAUGAUGGCCCUUGUCCUGCCCAACUACGUGUUCCCACAAAUGGGAGGGCCUCCCAUGGCUCAGCCAGGCGCCACUCCCGGACACUUCUACAACCCAAACUUUCCCUACCCUCCCGGUACCACCCCAGCUGCACCCUUUCCUGUGCCCCCCUUCGGGUCCAACGCCAUGCCUAUUCCGGGCACUCGCGCCCCAUCCCGCUGCAGCACCCCCCAGUCCUGCAGUCAGACCCCAGCUGACCGUGAGGGCACCGAGUCACCCCUUUUCCAGUCACGAUGCUCCUCCCCUCUCAACUUGCUGCAGCUGGAGGAGUCGCCAAGCAACCGACUGGAGGUCGCUACCGCCCUCGCUGCCUCGCAGCAAGCCACACCUUCUGCACAGGGAGGCUCGGUCGGCGGACAGAGUUCGUCCAACCAGAGGAGCUCUACUGACACCUCCAAGGAGGCUGAGAACGGUGAAGCAAAUGAGUCCAACCAGGAUGCUAUGUCCACCUCUAGUGAUCUGCUGGAUCUUCUGCUCCAGGAAGACUCCCGCUCCGGCACUGGAUCAGCCGCUUCCGGCUCAGGUUCCUCAGGGACGGGCUCCUCGGGCUCUGGCUCCGGGUCAAACGGCUGCAGUUCCUCUGGCACCAGCGGCACCAGGAGCAGCCAGAGCAGCCACACCAGCAAGUACUUUGGAAGCAUCGAUUCAUCAGAGAAUGACCACUCUCGCAAACAGUCUGCAGGGGGCAGUACUAGUGCUGGGGGCAGCGGUGGUGAGGAGCAGUUCAUCAAGUGUGUGCUGCAAGACCCCAUCUGGUUGCUGAUGGCCAACACCGAUGACAAAGUCAUGAUGACAUAUCAGCUGCCUGUCAGAGACAUGGAGGCUGUGCUGCGGGAGGACCGAGAGGCCCUGAGGACAAUGCAGAAACACCAGCCGCGCUUCACAGAGGAGCAGAAGAGGGAGCUAAGCCAGGUCCACCCCUGGAUCCGCACCGGACGCCUGCCCCGCGCCAUCAACAUCUCUGUUUGUACUGGUUGCAAGUCCCCCCCCUCCGCACCUCCCACUGCCCCCUUUGACGUGGAGAUCCACGAAAUGGAGCUGUGCAGUGUGCUGGGGACCCCAGAGGAGGGCGCCGACAAGCCCAAGAAAGAUCCGUCAGAAACUGCCAUGGAUGAGGCACAGGCGCAAGAUGGAAGAGAGGAAGAAGAAGCAGUAGAAGAAGAAGUAGUAGCGGAUGAAAAGGAGGGAACCAAAACGCAAAGCAAUGAUCAAGAGAUGACGGCAGAGGUGCGGGAAGUGACCUCAAGAGCUGAGGACCAGAGGGUGCCAGGCGAGUCCAAAAUGACACAUUGAGAGGUGGCCAAAGAUCAACAACACCAGUAUUUAUUGUGACCUUUCCUCACCGACACCCAGAAUAAGAGAAAGAUGCACAUUCCUGCUCUUUGUACGCCCACUACAUCGCCACGGCAUGUUUGAGUCGUUCAAAUGGGCCGUACAAGUCAAGUUUUGUGCGUUUUCAACUGGUGGAGGAUGACCGGCACGUGCGGCUGUUUUGUAUUUUUUUUUUUUUGGCCAGAGAUUGCCGUCUCCCUUCGACGUCAUCACGCCAUGCACCUUUUACGACAGAGAUGCCUUCGGAAAGCACUAGACACGCCCACUCGGUUUUUAAGAGUGGAAAUAGUACUUUCGUUUUUCGGGGCUACUCUGGUAGAAAUUUGUGUAUUUAUUUAAAGAGAUGUAAUAUAAUGAGAGAACACUAAAGGUGAAGCUGGCAGGUGUUGAGCGACGUGGGAUGUUUUUGUUUUUUUUGUCAAAAGGGCCACUUUAUAAUUUUUACAGCCGAUGUGUCUCACCACAGUGACCUCCUUGCGAUGCCGGUGUCUCCCGCUCAGCCCGGUUUCCUGGAUGGGAGCGAUCCAUUCAAUAGGCACAUGGACGGUUUCUCUCCUGUACUUCUCUGUACCUUUCUAUUCACGUUGAAUGUUUCCAAUGUUGUCCGGGGUUAGUGCGUUGCUCCCACCCGGAUCCUUUUUUCCCCCCCUUGAAAAAAGGGUGUAGAAAGUUAUUUUUUAUUUCUAUUUUUUUCAUGUAAAACAUUGGGCAUGUUAAAGGAAGUCAUAGCCUUUAUCCUGCAAACAAAAUUGUACAUUGAGAACAAGGUUGGCUUUAUUUUCUAAGCAUUGUGUAUAUUUUUAUACCUUCUUCCAUUGUAAAUACGGAGAGCGGAAACGGCCAUGAGUUUCCAUGACACUGUGAUCAGUGAGUGGUAAAAGUCCGGGGAUGAAAUUGGAAAUUUUAAUCUCUGAAUUUUAAACAAUUAAAAAAAAAACUCCUGCUUAAAAGAGACGUUUCAUGUGGACGCCACUGUUCAGGUGGUUGGACUCGGCCGAUGGACGAGUUGGAAACGAUGGGCCAGCGAGCCAGGGCUGGACCAGGACAGUCGAGGUCUCUCUUCGCCUGGGCGUUUAGUCUCCCGGGGGACACGUCCCACGGCCGCUACGAUGCCUCUGAUGAGAAAAGACUCAUGGUGUCUGUCAAACCGCCAGCACCCAAGACGGAUCUGGAAAGCCUUCGUUGAAAUGGGAUCCGUUUUCCUGCUGGUGGACGAUGGUGGAGUCGGUUAGCGGGCUAGAAAGAGAUGGACCUGAUUAAAAACAAAAAACAAUCUUUACUUUUAUUCAUGCUGUCCGUCCCUCCCUCUCUCUCUGGCUCUCCCCCAUCUUUGGCGCUGUUCUGGUCAUGUGAUGUCCCAUGCUUCAUGGCGUCAGUGGUGUCUGCGACAGUUUCUAAGUAUUUUUGUGAAAUUCUUUGUACAAAAAAAAAAAACAAUAAAAUGACUUGAAAUGUAA